CUGAGAACGGCUGGACUCCCCGGCGAGCACUGGUACCGCCUCCUUGCACCGAAACCAUUGCAAGCUCGAGGAAACUCUUUCGACUGUCGGACAAAUGGCUGUUGACGCCAAGCUGAUGGAAAUCUCGCUCGACGAGACCGUCAGCAGGUGGUGGAGGCUCGUGGCCACACCCGUGGACACCCACCACCAGGAGGAACACGAACACCACCCGGAGAAGGGCCCGCCCCACGUGUCGAAGCUCCAUGUGGUCACCGGCAAGGGCAGGAGGGGCCGGGGCAGGUGGCGGCGGGAGGCCCUGUUCCACCGGGACUACAUCGCCCUCAACGUGCGGCUGCAGAAAUGCCUUGUCAGAGGUAGUGUGUGUGAGAAGCCGAGAGGGAGACGGCACGACCAACCUUGAACCAUGGUGACGUACCUUGUGUUCAGAUUUCGACCACGCGUCGGCAGUUCGGUCAGCCGAAGGCGACUGGGCCAACGAGGAGAACAAGGUCACCCUCCGCCGGCCGGGCGAGCCCGAUGAGCAGGUGCUGUCGCGCGAGCACCUGGCGUCCUUUCUCUUCCGCCUCGGCCGCGUGUGGCUGCCUGGGAAGGAGAAUGCGACUGCAGGCGAGCUGCUGCUGCUCAUCAACGGGUGCUGGUUGGCAUGCACCACGGCGAGGGGGAGGGUCACGACGGGCUGGAGAGACAUUGAUGACAUUCAGUGCAUCGAGGUCAGUGAGGGUCACCCUCUCCGUCUGUGUGUUUCCGCGAUUGAUGCAUUGCGGCCUCUCUGUGUGCCUCUCUGUGUGUGGGUGCAGCCAACUCUGGUGGAUCUGGUGGAGUACCUGCCGGGUUCGUCCGAAGCUCCUCGUCGGUCGGCCACCUCGCCCUCCCUCUCCCUAUCGGCGAUGGGCCGCCAGUUCAGGUUCAACCGCCCCAAGUCCCCCGGCAACAUCUACCUCUCACGCCGGCUCAGAGCCACAGGGCGCCUCAGCCCAUCACCAGCCGCCUCACCACGCGAGCCGGAGAGAGACAGAGGAAGGAGGGAUGGCAGGAGAGAGGAGAGGGCCGGGAGGAGCGGUCGGCUUGAUGGAGUGCUCAGCGUGAUACAGGGGUCCCUUCACGGGAUGACGCAGGAUGUCCGCGCACUGGAGCUCUUUGCCCCACUGACGCCUGGCGAGACCCCGCCGGGUGGGGCAAGCACACACAGGGGCGGGCAGGCCCUGUCGGCCUCGCCAUCGGCCAUCGCGGCGAAGCUGUCCGUGGCGCCGGAUGAUCCUCGCUUCUAUGGCAUACAGAGGUGCGUUGGGGUGCACUGCAGGGCGUGAUGUCUCCCUGUGUCUACGUGUGUGUGUUUGCUUCUGCAGAGACAUAGCUUUCCUUCACCGGAUGGCUCAGCAGCAACAACAGCAGCAGCAGCUGAAGCUGCACAAGGGGGCGACCAUGGGAGCCAAGGCCAAGACGCCGACAAAGGAACAGACGGGGGAGCAGGAAAAGGACAAUGAGAGAAAGGAGGUGGAGCGGGGCGAGAUCGACAUGGUGCAGGGUGUCCAGGGGGAGAGGAUCGGCAUCAUUGCCGUGCCUCUGGGAUCACUCACACGCUCAGGUGGGCAGUACACACCUCGGUGGGUGGGGACACAUACCAACACAACUUUCCCUCUUUUGUUUGUCUGCUCUGCUCACAGACGGCUGGCGCCACCGGACCAGACGGUGGGGCCUGACCAGCACAGCACCAGCAAAGACGCCAUCACCAGCGCCACCAGCAACAUCAUCAGCCGAGGAACAACCAGCAGCAGCCGACCACCAACUACAGCAGCAGCUUCCCGAGCGAAUCAACAUCUUCAGGCCGAAGCGGACCCCCCUGCCGCCUUUGCCCCUCUCAGCCCCGGCCCCAUGUCUGCCGGCCGAUGCACUGACGACUGACAUGCUCUUUGUGGAGCCGCUCUCCCGAUCAAAACGCGUUUCGCCUGGUGCGUUGCGUGUGUGACUGAGAAAGAAAGAGACACAGAGAGAGGGAAACAGCCGCCCUUUCUCCAUCCAUCGCUGGGUGUGGUGCCUGGCGUCGUGUUGUGUUGUGUUGUGUUGUGUGUGCAGGUAGGACCACUCCCGUGACGGUGCCCGUGUCGUCCAACGCCUCAGACGACAACCUGCCCUUCGGCAAGCAGCGCUCCCACGGUGCCCUCACAGAAGACCAGGGCAGCUCCGCCAGGGGCGACGAUCUCAUGCAGCAGCAGCAGCAGCCGGACAAACGCACACCAGCAGCAGCAGCAUCACCGAACGCACCCCCACACUUGGCAAAAGCCGCGGCAAGAAGAGCAUCAAGAGCCACAGAGAAGGAGAGGAGCAGCGAGGCAAUGCCGCUGGUGCCGGCACUGGCCUUACACGCAGCAGCGAAGGCGCAAUGGCGGCUUGUGCUGUCUCAGCGGGGAAAGAGCUCUACCAUGCUCUCCGCACGGGCAAUGGGCCGGGACCUGCCGCCAGUGAAGGGGCACCGGGCGGCUGCUGCUGGUGUUCCUGGUGUUCCUGGUGGUGCUGGAGCUUCGGUGGGGGCUAAGAGAUGGGGUGUUCCUACGAUGUCUAGGGAAGGAUCGAGGAGCAGAGAGGGAGGAGAGCCUGACAGCAAGCUGCCGAAGACAUACACCCUUGAGGUGAGCGAGCAGGCAGCCUAGCCAGACGGGAAAUGAAAACAUAUAGGGGUCUGUGUCCACGAUAACUAGCUAAACCUGUACACCACAGGGCCGUCCGGCGUCUCGGGACUACAUACCGCCUUCCAAACCACCCCCACAGCCGCCAACAGCUCCACAGCCACCUACACCCCCGCCCCCACAGCCAGACGUCCCAAUCCCGCCAGAAGGCCUUUUGAUCGCGGCCAAGUCACCCCCCACACCACCACCAUCACCACCACCAACACACACACCAGCAGCAGGGCAGCCCUUCCUUCCCCCUGUCAGCAGCAAACAGCCGUCUUCCGCCUCACCAUCAGCGGCAGCUGCUGCUGCUGCUGCUGAUGAUGAUGCUGAGGGUGAGUGGACGGCGCUGGCAGGUCUGUCGUCUGAGGUGACGAUGAGCGAGCUGCCGAGUCGUGUGAGCGGUGUGUAUGAGUGCCGGGUGGGCGGGGCGAUGCGCGAGCGGGUCGAGGGGGUGAGGUCGGUGGUGAGACGGCGGGCGGAGGAGGAGCUGAGGAAACAGAGGCCGGCGUUUGAUAAGGUAGGUAGGACUGUGUCUGAUUGUGGUGGCACAGAGAGCGGAAAUGCAUAUGUGUGGUGUGUGUGUUGGGGUUGGUUGUGCGCGUCAGAAGAUGAGCAAGUUCCCUGCCUACAUCCGGGACUCGCUAGAGGUGCCUCGCACAAUCUGAACGUUCUCCAUUCACCUCAUUGAUUGUGCCUUGUGUGUGCUGUCGUGUGUGUGUGUGUGUGUGUGCCUGCCUGCAGAAGGCGCAGCACUCCCCCAACCAUCCUCUAUGGGGAGAGCUGACGCACCGCGUCAGGAAGGCACUCGCGUACGCCUAAACACGCACACACACACACACACACACACCCCGCGUCACCCGAUGGAUCACUCGCUGCCUGCAUGGAUCACCCGAUGUCCAUUUGUUUCUGCAGGAACGUUGCUCGCAAAAAGCAGAGAAAGAGACGCAGAAAGGUGCGGCGGGCAGACAGACAUGGAUGGACUCAUUCACGUGCACUGCACCACACACAUGACAUGGGCCCACGUCUGUGUCUCUCUUUGCCUCCCUCCCUCACCCUCUGUGUGUAUGUGUGUGUGUGUGUGUGAUGGUUGUCGGAUGCACACCACAGAGGCGACGUUAUCCGGCCGGCAAGCCAGUCUCGUCACACAGGAGAGUCUCAGGCAGACACGUCAUCGAAUUUCUUGGUAGGUCACGGUCACCCCCCCCACACACACGUGUCUGUCUGUCUGUCUGUCUGUGUGUCAUGCAUGUCUCCCUCCCUCUCUCCCCUCUCUCCACCAGAUGCCAAGAAGGUGCUCGACGCGCUGCACACCGCAUGGCAGAUGACCCGGACGCCCCAGCAGCACCGUGCCACUGUGGACGAGACCCCCCCGCCACACAUGGCCCACCCAGGGGGCCUCGAGUUUAUCCACAAGGCGCAGACAAACAUCCGACGGAGGGAGAGGGCACAGAUGGGAUACAGCGAGACGGCCGUGAGGCGGCAGCGGGAGACCGUUAUGGGCGGUGGUGGGGGUGAUGAUAUGGACGUGCUGAGGCGGGCUGUGAUGGAAGAGAUUAAGGUACGUGGGUGGGCCAGUGGGGCGAGAGUGAGUGGAUUGAUGGGGUCAGAGAUGGCCGAUGGAUGGAUGGAUGUGCGUGUGUUGGGUGUGUGUGUGUCGUGUCGGAUAUAGGCUGUGGUGGCGUCUGACCCGGCUCUCUUGUCGCGGGUGGGCGAGCUGCACUUCUUCGGCGGCAACCUGGCGCAGAGGUUCCAGCACUACCACACCUGAGGUGACUGAAGCACUGACUGAAGCUGGCUUUGCCAUUAGUUGC